AUGAGCGAUGCGAAUCGCGUCCAGCACGAGCUGGCCAAAGCCCAGGCUGCUUUCUCCCUGGUGCCCGGGCGCCAAGGAAGGGUCGCCGCAUGGCAGACAUACCUGGCAAUGGUGGCGGAAAGGGUGAACUCCUCCUCCAAUGACAAAAGCACAGUCGCCAACACGAUCCAGGAGUUCAUACCGAGCUCGACGACGUCGCCGUCUGGCGAGCGCCAAUAUCAGUUGGUGGCAUGGCGGAGCCACCCUUGUGGUCCGGUGGAGCUGGGCUUAGUGGAGAGCGUUUUCCGCUGGAGUAAGAAGCAUCGUCGCUGUGGGUGCAAGUUGUCCACGGAAGCAGUGCCGCCAGACCUCUGCGCCGCCAUUCAGCUCCGGCGCCUGGAGCCGCUCUCGGACAGCAGCUUCCGCACGACGGCGAGGCACCCUUGCUUCUUUCUCGAGUCCAGCCCGCAGAAAGAUGGCCCGAUGAUCCUGUUCCAGCUCGCGCCGCAGACGGUGAAAUUCAAAGAGAAUCAGUUGGGCUUGGUGGCUCUCCUGGACAAGAAUGCGGCUAAGCAGCUGCAGGCUGCCGAAGGGGCUGAUUUCGAGUUGCCCUCGGAGAAAGGUGCGAAGUCCAUGGUGUUCUGUGCCGACUCCUUCUAUCCCAACCAGCAGGGAAAGGCCAGCAUCAAGUCGUACAUGGGCAUCCUGAGGUCCAUGUACGAGCGGAACUGCGGAAAGGAUCUUGUGAACCAAGACGACUCCAUCAUUCCGCUGCUGCCCAAGCUGGUGACGUGGAAGACGCUGGUCGAGAGGACACCGGGCUACUUCGAGACACUGCUGAAAGCAACAGACAUCAGCGGCAAGGCUCCUGCGAUGACGAAUACGGCCUUCUCCCGACAUGUGUGGUCGCGAUUCGUUUCCGCCGCGCCGACGGCGGCCUCCCAGACCGGAAGCUUCGUGUCGCUUCUGCGUGCGGUCCUCGAGAUCGCACCCGCGGCUCUGCCCGUCUAG